CGCACACAGGCACAGACAUCCAGACAGAGAGAAGAGAGUUAGAUCUGAUAUUUAAGGGGAAGUAAAGAACAAGUAAGAAUUUUACCAAGUGGGUGCCAAAUAUCCAAGCAUAUUUGUGAGCAGAAAGAAAAAUACUAAAUAUUUAUGAUAUUGAGACCAUUGAGGUCAAGGAUAUUAGAGCUCACAAUGCCUUUCCUGUAUCUAACAUGGCUUCUGCUGGUGAGUUUGAAGUGCCCUAUACUAGGGCAGAGUUGUGACAUGCCAGAGGGAGAGCGCCAGCUUCUUCUGGCCAAGGUGAAGGAACAAAUUAUAGAAGCACUUGGGCCACCUCCACCUCGGUCUAAUGAUUCUUCCCCAGCGCCAUCUGCCAAUAUCCAGGGGCCAGUGCAGAAAAUGCUAAACAAGAGGCACAGCAAGAGCCAUCGGGACAACAUGGAGGAUGUCUCCCAGGUUAUUCUAUUCCCUUCCUCAGAUGUGCUCUGUGAAACCACCAAAACUGGCGCAAAUGAAACGGGAUCCGAGAACAGUUUCACCUAUAUCUUUCGCCCUUCUCCCCACAUCCAUACUCGGAGGGUGUCUGCGGCUCAGCUUUGGUUUUAUACAGGCCCCCCUUCAGCUGAAGAAUCAUCCAUGUUGAAAAGAGCAUCUACUAUUUCCAGCCAGAUGGGUGCUGGGCCAUUGUUCCAGACUCUAGGCCCAAAUCACCUCCCCCCAACCACUGGACCUGCCCAGAAGGAACACAUAGUGAGCACUACCCCCUUUGUCAUUGCUAGAGAUGACGAGGACACUUUUGGGCAUUCCAUUGACCUACAGGUGCUGUCAGAACAUGAGCCGGUAACAGUGGCCACGACCAAGGUGCAACAUAUGGAUGACUGGACAGUCUUUCACUUGGCCCCAGCUUUCCUUAACUAUGUCACAAAGGAGAUAUUUGUGCUUCUAGUUCACUGCCCAACCUGUCCAUGUUCUGACAAACCUGAAUACACACCAUUCAUCAUGUUCAGCACUCACCCAACCCAGCGUAACCGUCGCUCUGGGAUGCCUUGGUCCCCCUCUGCUCUGGAACUUCUCCAACGGCCUCCAGAAUCAGGAGCUGGCAAUGACCACUGCCACCGUGGUUCACUCAACAUCUCUUUUGAAGACCUAGGUUGGGACCAGUGGAUUGUGCACCCCGGUAGCUUUCAGUUCCAUUACUGCCAUGGCACAUGCUUGCCUAUCAAUGGUCUGACUCCAGCGCUCCACUGGGGGCACUGUUGUGCAGCACUACCUAGCACCAUGAAGUCAUUGAGGGUCACCACCACAACUGAUGGAGGAUUCUCUUACCGAUAUGAGACUGUCCCUAACCUACUGACCCAAGACUGUGCCUGCAGCUGAGUAUAAGCCAAGGAAUGAAUUAAAUAUCCAAUUUCAAACAGAUAAGCUUCUCAGUACCUCUAAUAUUCUGCAGAACUCCAGCAGAACCACCCACUGGACUGGGCUCCCCAGAAAAUCUUAUAUUACCAUUAAAUCUUAUAUAGAAAUAAAUAGUUAUGUCACCAUCCAAAUAAAAUUGCAUUCAACACAA